AUGGUAGCUAUUGUCGAUAAAAUUAAUGGUAAUCGUAGUAAUGUUAGUUGUAGUGAUGAUACUAAUAGAAUAAAACAAGAAGAUCAUCAUCAAACAACACGAAUUAUUCAAUGGCUUGGUGGAGAACGAGCAGUUGAUGUUCCAGCUGAAUUUGAUAUACAAUCUUCAAUUAAAGAAGAUUGUGUUGAUCAUCACAUCGUUGCAUCAAAAGUUGAAUGCAUUGAAUUACUUCGACUUAAACCAUCCAAUAAACAACAAACUACUACAUUUGAACGAGGCUCUUUACUUCGUCAAAGUAGUCGUCGCGGUAGUUGUAGUUAUCGAAGUCGAUCAUCGCCCGAUGAACAAACAUCAGAUGAAGCUUAUUGUACAUUAUCAACACAUCGUGGUGGUAUUGAAAAAAAAACAAAACUUACUAAUGAUUUAAUACGUAAAGGAUCAACAAGUGAUAGUAGUAGUUUAUCAACAACUGUUCAUAAUUAUACAUCAUCACCUAUAUUAACAAUAUCAAUUGAUGAUAUAUAUACAACAUUAGAUCGUGCACAAAUAUUAUGUAAAAUGGAAGAUGAAAAUAUUAAAGAAGAUAUUGGUCGUUUACGUGAAAUAGCACAACAAGGUUCAUUUCAACAAAGUCUUCAUUUAUUACCUAUUUUAACACAUGUAAAUGAUGGUUCAAUGGAUUUAUUUCAUGAAAUAAUGAUUAAUGGUGAUAAUGGUCAACGAGAUUUUAAACAAAUGAUUGAAGAAUUUAUUCAACUUAUUGAAAAAAAAUUAAUUGAUGCUGAAUAUACAAUGUUUGAUGCAGAUACAAUAAGAGCAUCAUCACCAUCUUUAUUUGAUAUGCUCAAUGAUCUUAAAACAUGUUUAACAUUAUUACGUCGUACAGAAAUGCAAAGUUUUUUAAAUGUAUUUGAUAAUGUUCUUAAAUUACGUCUUUAUCCAUCAGCAUUACCAGAAAAUCACGAAAUAGUAAAUAAUAUUAAUAAUGAAAAUAUUUCAAAUAAUUUAAAUCAUUCUGAAACAACAGAAGAAUUAUUAAAAUUAUCACAAUAUGCAAUUGAUGAAUUAAAAAUAGUUAAAAUUGAAAAAACUCAUGAACCAUUAGGUUUAACAAUAACACGUUCUGAUUCUGGUACAAUACAUAUAGCUCGAAUUAUUGUUGGUGGUAUUGCAGCAAAUACACAACUUUUUCAAAUAAAUGAUCGUAUACUUGAAAUUAAUGAUGAACCAAUAACAGGUCAUUCACUUGAUUAUGUUUGUUCAUUAAUGUUAAAUACAACAGGUUUAAUUAAAUUUCUUCUUGCACCACCAUUAAUUUCACAUAUAAUUCAUAAUAAUCAUAAUAAUAAUAUAUCAUAUCAAACAUUUUAUGUUCGUGCAUUAUAUGCAUAUGAUCCAUAUAAUGAUCCAUUAUUACCAUGUAAAGAACUUGGUUUAAUGUUUCAACGUGGUGAUAUUUUACGUAUUGUUGCACGUGAUGAAAAUUAUAUUAAAAUAAAUGAUUCAUAUGUUAGUUGGUGGCAAGCAUAUCGUGAAAAUUCAACUGAAACAGAUACAGAUCCAAGUUUAGCAGGUCUUAUACCAUCAGAUCAUUUACAACAAAAACGUUUAGCUUUAAUAAAAGCACUUAAUGAUGAAACUGAAUCAAUAUCAUCAUCAUCAUCAACAUCAAUAUCAACAUCAAUAAAAUAUUUGAAAAAAAAUAAAAAGAAAAAAAAGAAAUCUUGUUUAACUUGUGUAUCAAAAAAAGAAAAAUAUAAUUUACAUUCUGUUUAUAAUAAUGCAACAUUUAUACGUGAUAUUGAUGAUACAGAUACAACAAAUAUUCGAACAUCAACAAAUCAUUUUUCAUUAACUGAUACAAGACAAUUUGAUGAAGUACAACCAUCAUCACAAACGAUGACUACUAUUUUAGAUCCCAAUAAAGAUAUAAUAAUAGAUUCAUUAAUGAUUAAUACAUUUCGUUUUUAUGAUCCUGUCUUUCGUCUAGAUAUAACAAGACAACAAAUGACACGACCAAUUGUUUUAUUAGGUGCUCCCAAUGUUGGUCGACAUGAAUUACGUCGUCGUCUUCUUCAAACAGAACCAAAUUUAUUCGAUGUUGCAAUUCCACAUACAACACGUGCUCGUCGUCAACAUGAAAUUGCUGAUAUUGAUUAUCAUUUUGUAUCAGAUGCUGAUUUUUUAUCAAAAGUAGCAUGUCAUUCAUUUGUUGAAUUUGGUCAAUAUGAUCGUGAUUUAUAUGGAACAUCAAUUGAAGAUAUUCGACAUAUUGUUUGUCGAAAAAGAAAAAUUUGUAUAUUAAAUUUAAAUCCAGAUGCAAUACGAACAUUUGAUAAAACAGAUCUUUAUCCAUAUAUAAUUUGUAUUGCAGCACCAUCAUUUGAACGUUUAAAACGUUUAGAAAUUGAUCGUCGUGAUCAUUUAACUGAUAAUGAUUAUCGUGAAAUAAUAAGACAAAGUCGUUCAAUUGAACGACAUCAUUAUUUAUUAUUUGAUUAUAUUAUAAUUAAUAAUGAUCUUGAUCGUACAUACACUGAAUUACGUGAAAUUAUUGUACGUAUACAACAUGAUGAUCAACAGUGGGUACGAACAUGUUAUCGACAAUCAUAA